CUCUGCUGAUGACGUGUAAACUCCACUACUGUUAGCUGGCUGGCUAGCUAGCUAGCUUAGCCACCUGUCAGAAUAACGGUGUUGUCAAUAAGAAGUUACGUUUAACACGCGAAGGGAAACAACAAAUCAGGGAAGAUGGAGACGCUUUACCAUCAGACAAACAAGCAAAUCCAGGAGGUGCAGUCUCUUAUGGGAAAUCUGGAGAAGACAGAUCGUCAGUCAGUACACUUGUUAGAGAAUGAGCUGCAGGCUAGAAUCGACCAGAUCUUCAAUCAUUUAGAACGCCUCGAGAUCCUGGCCAGCAAGGAACCACCGAACCGCCGCCAGAACGCCAAAUUGCGAGUGGACCAGCUUAAGUAUGAUGUCCAACACCUUCGUACCGCCCUGCAAAACUUCCAGCACAGACGCUAUGCCAGAGAGGCCCAGGACAGAGAGAGGGAGGAGCUCAUGAGCCGUACCUUCACCACCAACGACGCAGAUACCUCCAUCCCCAUAGAUGAGACCCUACAGUUAAACUCCAAUUUGCACAAUGCACACAGAGGCAUGGAUGACCUCCUGGGCAGCGGCAGCAGUAUCCUCAAUGGUCUCAGAGAUCAAAGAUCUACACUAAAGGGGACCCAUAAGAAGAUGCUGGAUGUGGCCAACAUGUUGGGGCUGUCUAACACAGUGAUGAGACUGAUAGAAAGGCGAGCCACCCAAGAUAAGUUCAUCAUGAUCGGAGGCAUGCUGUUGACCUGCCUCUUCAUGUUCCUGGUGAUCAGAUAUCUGGGCUGACCAGCAUCCAUCUGUCCACAGCCACGGCCAGUUUUUAUCAGUCGUGGACAUUUCUGCAGCACAUCAUCCCUCAUGAUAUGAAAAGUGGCAGAAUGGAAUUCUUAACAUCAGAUUUGAGUAAUUAAAAUAAAAGUGCCAUUAUAGUUUGUUUUCCAUCAUUUAAAUUAUUUUUGGCACCUGCAAAAUGGUAGGGUUGAAGACCUUAAUUACACUCAGUAUUUUAUUCCACUUGAAGCUCAUAGAGCAUUGAACUUUGUGAUAACAGGCCUAUUGCUUUUUUCAGAUUACUGCCACAAAUCCAUGUCUUUUUAUCAAAACCACUCUGAACCUGUAAGUCACUCGUGUCUCUACCCAAAUGGCUUUUUCAAAAAACUCAUCUUUGUACUCAACUUUCUUUCGCCUCCAGUGACAAACUCUUUGUUUUGUUCCUGAAUCUGUCAGUAAUGUUGUCAUUCUGCCUCGUUGGAUUAUAGAAAAUAGAAUAUACCAUGUCUCAUUACAUUGCAAUUCAAGAAUAGUGCCGAUUUGUUUUCUGUGUUAUGAUAUAGAUAACAGGGUGUCAACAAGGAUCUCUUCAGAAAGACAAUGGAGGCAGGUAUUAAAUUGUAAUUGUUUACUUUCACUUUGAUUUAAACUAGGCUCUUGUCUCACUAUGUGAGUGAUUUAAUUAUCCUAAUAGAAUAAAACAUGUCAUUGCCUCUGUA